GGAGCAUGCAUGCAGCGCUGCGAAGAAAAAAGCAGGUCUUGACCCGAGCGCGGAUCUGGCCCCGCGGCCUUCUGCAUAAUAAAUAAGCCCUGAUAUGACUAUUACUAGGCUAGCUAGCUUGACACACACACAACGGUAACGAUUGGGCGUUGGAUCGGUCUACAUUAUGCACGUAGACCUGCACUUAGUACACUGUGCGCAUAAUGCGUCCUUUCGUGCAUAUGGUUCGUGUAUACGCAGUAUUAUAGUCCAUAUGAGCGCUGUACCAAAUUAGAGCGGUCUGAAAACACUCACGAUUCCUGCUUUUUACCAUAUUGUUUUGUUGAGUAAAAUAGCAAAUCUAUAUACAGUUUUGAAGGUAAAGGACUUUAUUGCGGACUGAUUGUGUUUACAGGAGGGCUACAGUCCAAACGUCAUGGCAAAUUCGGGCUCAAAUUCGCACCUUACUCCAAGUCGAGGAACUAAUUGGAGCCCUGAAGAGAUUCGUUCACUCAUCGCAGUAUGGAGAGCGAGUGAUAUAAAAAAUGGCCUGAGCGGACCUCGAAACCAAGAAACUUACGAGCUCAUGUCUACGAGGUUGAUCGAUAGAGGCUGUGCACGAGAUUCCCAACAAAUUCGGAGCAAGAUUAAGAAGCUGAAAAUUGCAUACAAGAAUGUAUUGCGUGGCAGGGAAAGCCGAAAAUCUUGCCCAUAUUUUCAAGACCUCAGUGCAAUUCUUGGGGAUGGAUCUUCGCUUCGUGAUCGCCCCAAUCGCAGGAAAAAUUCCUCGUAUUCGAGUACGAGGCAGUCGAGUCGGAGCAUGGUGCCUCAUCGAGCAUUUCGAUCGUCAACCUCAACUUCAUACAACUCAUUUGACGGGGAAACAGACCCAGUUGCUAAAGUGUUUCGUGAUGCUGCAAACUUUGGACACAAGUCUCCACCUCACACAUCUAACUCUUCAUCUUCGGCUUCUGGUGUUGCUUCUCCUGUUCAUGCAAGCAGCACUGUGGCACUUAACAACCAUUCUGAGGCUACUAACGGUGUCCACACAGAAACUAACCAUGUUGAUACAGAAGAAGCAACAGCGACCAUGGAUAAGGAUCUGUAUAGCACAUCCUUGGUGCGUAAACCAGCCAUCAGUGAGCUUGAGAAGAUUUCUAGCCAGUUUGGACUGUGUCUUGGAGACCCUAAGGUUUUGAAUGAAUAUCAGGAAGCCAUGGGUGAAAUCUUGAAGAAGGUCAACAGACUUGAUCGGUUGGCUGAGCCCACCUUGCCCGUCAAGUAUCCUAGGACUCCAGGAUUUCGCCCUUUGCCAGAGGACAACCCAUUCAAUGCCUGGUUCUGGCGGUGCAAUAUCAAGGGUGCCCCGAGUGGAAGACUCUCCCGCAAGCGUGUGGCCAUCAAUGACAACAUAGCUGUUGCAGGAGUUCCAAUGAUGGCUGGCUGCCAUGCUCUGGAGGGCUACGUGCCAGACUUUGAUGCUAUCGUAGUCACCCGGAUCCUUGAUGAAGGUGGCACCAUCCUGGGAAAGUCGAUGUGUGAGAACCUGUGUUUCUCUGGAGGAAGCUUUACGAGUGCCAAGGGACCCGUGUGCAAUGCUUACAAUGUGGCCAAGAGUGCAGGAGGGUCGAGCUCCGGUGGAGCUGUAUUGGUUGCGUGCAAUGAAGUUGAUAUGGCAAUUGGUGGAGACCAGCGAGGCUCCAUCCGCGUUCCUGCCAGCUGGAAUGGAAUAGUUGGCCUCAAGCCUAGUUAUGGUCUAGUGCCAUAUACUGGGGCUAUGUCCAUAGACCCAUCCCUUGACCAUGUUGGACCAAUGGCACGCAGUGUCCAUGACUGUGCUCUGAUUCUUGAGGCAAUUGCUGGUCACAAUGAUGGCUUGGAUCCCAGACAGCCCCGUAGUAUCGUAGUACCAGAAUACACCAAGGAGUUGAGCCAGUGUAGCCUGGAAGGAAUCAAGAUAGCCAUUCUAAAAGAAGGAUUUGGUCAGCCUCAGUCUGACCCUAAGGUUGACACCCUGGUGAGGAAAGCCAUAGAUCAGCUAGCCUAUGCUGGAGCUCAGAUCACAGAGGUCUCUAUACCUCUACAUGUUGAAUGUACAAACAUAUGGGCAGCCAUUGCUUAUGAAGGACUUCUUGAUAACACCAUUAUGACCGGAGGUGUUGGUACAGGAUAUCGUGGCUUCUAUCCUACCAGUAUGAUGAGUUCAGCUGGAAAAUCACUCAAGGCUAGGGUCAAUGACCUCAAUCAUUCUCAGAAGAUUGCAAUGCUGAUGGGGCAAUACAUGAAGACCAACUACCAGAGCCAAGUCUAUGGCAAGGGCCAAAACAUACGUCUACUCCUCACCCAGGCCUAUGACGAUGUUUACAAAGAUUAUGAUGUCAUUGCCAUGCCAACCGUCCCUUUUACUGCCACCGACCUACCCAAAAAGAAUUGCUCCUUGUCAAAAUUCCUUGAACUGUCGACCAACAUGAUGACCAACACGAUGGCCGCCAACUUGACCGGUCAUCCCUCACUGACCAUCAAUGCAGGAUACCUGGACACCCAACCUGUUGGUCUUCUCUUGACUGGACGUGUCUUUGAAGAGGUCUUACUCCUGCAGGUGGCGAGUACCUUCGAGAAGGUCAGAGAUGAAGCGUAAGGCAGUGCCGUGCCAUUCACACAUGAUUCAUUCCAGUGUAUUGACAGAAAGAUUGUUCCUGUGCCUGUUGUUUAGCUUGUAAAAACAUAAAGAAAAGUUAGAUUUCAUAAAGCAAGGGUUGUCAUGAAUAAAAAAAAAAGUAUGAUAACAGGUGUUACUGGACAAUGUGUGGUUAAAGAGAAAUUCCAGUAGUUGCCGUAAACACUGAUUUCAUGAGAAAGUCUGUAAAACAAGGCUUAAUUGUCA